AUGGAGCUGGCCAGCCGGCCCCCCAGUCCCGGCCCCGCUGGUCAGCCUCCCCGGGGUGCGCCGGGGUGGGGGGUGGCUGGGCCGGGUUUGGCUGGGCCGGGCCGGGCAGCCCCUGACCGCCUCUCUCCUCUCCCCUCAGGCGAGGCCCGCGCGCGCCCCAGCGCCGGGCGGGAGGGCGGCCGCAGGAAACGCACCACGUUCAGCAAAGCCCAGCUGGAACUGCUGGUCCGCGCCUUCGAGAAGGAGCCGUACCCCGGCAUCGCCCUGCGGGAGCAGCUCGCCGGCCUCACCGACAUCCCCGAGUCCAGGAUCCAGGUCUGGUUCCAGAACAGGAGGGCCCGGCAGCUGAACCACAAGAAGAGCGAAGCCGCCGCUUACCCCAAGCCGGCCUGUGGCAAGCAAAAGCCGCCCCGCUGCGGCGGUGGCUGCCAGGACAGGGCCCCGGGGGCGGCGCUGGGUCUCGGGCCGGACCCCAGCCUCCUCCGUCCCCAGCCCGGCCUACCGGGAGGGCACCAGAGCUUCUCGGGGCAGCCGUACUCGAGGCUCGAUACUCAUUUCAGGAGCCUGGAUAACACUUUUGGGGGGCCGGGUCAGACCCCGGCUCAUUUCGGUCUGGACUGCGUGGGAAGAGGGGUGCCGCUGGGGGCGGGAAGCGUGGGGAGCCCCCCUCAGCUCUCCCUCCCUGCGCAGCAGGUGCAGGAAUACCUGAAGAAACCCUUCCCUGAAAGCUACUGCUCCGACGCAGACGUGUUCCAGUCUUGUAGAGAAGAUCACCAGUACUUGGCAGCUAAAGAGAACGUGUAUAGGAGGCCUGUCAUGAACUACGUGAAUGCUAACCAGGGCCUGGGCGAUGAGAACUCUUUGUAUAUCAAGUCAAACACUUCUCCCUUUGGGAAGGGCUCCGCUUUCAGUUAUGGUGAAGGGGAAUAUAAGCUUGAGCUCGAGCCGAUGAGGCACAGCCCGCCCCUGGUUACGGCUAGUCACACCGCUCUGCCUUUGGUACUCCCAAAACACGAAGGGGGGUAUCAGGGGACACUCGCCGCUCCAGCCCCCUCGUAUGGGCAGCAGCAGCUGCUGGAGACAGUAAGUGGCUAUGACCCUCACUGGCUGGGCGGAAGAAACGAAAUGUUGGGAACAGGCUUAGAUUCCUUGUUUGAGCAAAACGGGGAGCAAGGUGGGCCAAAAAGUUACCUUUUUGCUUUUGGCGGCCAGAGUUCAGCGUGUCAUUUGGGUCAAGUGUGAAAGUGACAGUGUAUCUGCUUGCCCGAUGGAAAGAUCAAUGUGGGAUUUUAUUUUUUUUUUGUUCGAUUGGCAGUGCUGUCCCAAGCGGCUGGAGGUUUUGCAGGUCUAAGUGUGGAGUGCUUGCUCUGAGGUGUGUGGGCUGGCUGGGAGGGGAAGAAGAAGCAAAGCUUCUCCAGGAGCAUAACUUGCUGCCUCCCCGUCCCAUCCGAUGGGAGCUGUUGCCAAGCUGCUUGCAGCAUUCCUGCACGCCUUUGGUUAUCGGCAGUUAACUUCACGUUAACUUGCAUGCACAGACUGACCUUCUUCACAAACACGGCAGUACUAGAGAUCUACUCUUUCUGUGUUCAGACCGUGCCGGAGUAAUUCUGCCGAGAGGUUUGGGACUGCGGCACUGGUUUUGUGGCCUUACCAUAUUGAGGGUUUUUUCCUAUUCUGGUCAGAAUUCACUACUUUAACUUAAGAAAUCUGUAGAAAACAGACUUAUAGUUUUUAGUGUAGAAAGCGUUAACGUGAGAGGGCUCCAAGCAUGGGAAAAGCAGUCGUGGUGGUGGCAGGGGACGGCUCACUGGGUGUGUUUGCGUUUUAGGUGUGCUCCUGAUAAAGAACACUGCCGGUCUUUUCCUACAUACUUAAUGUAUAGUGUUUUUAUUUAAAAAUGACCACAUGUGUAGCCUUUUAAAAGGCAGAUUUUUAUUAUUUCCUUUUGUAUAAUUUUUUUCCAAAUUAUCUUUUUUUUAAAAUUGUAAUUUUCUAUUUGCCAAAUGAACGUUUUCUACCUGGGUGAUAAUGAACUUGUAGAACUGCACUCACAUAAAAAAAAAAUUACUGUGUUCCAUCUUUGCACAUUGAGCCUAUUUUUAGACUUCUCAGGAUGCACGGCUGUCUGGAAGACAGCUGUAGGAUGGAAGAGUUCUUCAUGUGCUGCCGUGUCUGUGCAUUAAAGCAAUAUUGGGCCUAGGAAGCUGAAAACUCUACAUGCAAAUCCUUUUUUUUGCGCAUUUAAAGUGUGGCUCUGGAAUAUUUUAAGUAUGCCCAGAUUUUAAGACAAAUGUUAUUAACUUAAUGACUUUGUUUAUAGAAGAAAAGAUACAUAGUAAAAAUAAACACAGACCAUUAUUUUAUUAAUAAAGCUGCUAUCUCUGUGACAAAGCUGUCUCCUGAAGGUGUGUACACAAGAAGUUCAGAAAAUUAGUCCUGACUUCAGUCAGUCAUUGUUAGCCGUAGCUGUGAAGAAGUCAUUUAACUUUUCUGCCUUGACCCGAAGAAUCAGAACACGUUCCUGCAAUAUGGAAGAACCGUAACUUCCGACAAUAGCUGCAAGGUGCUUUGAACACAAACAGUUUGACCUGAGCGCCAAGUACAAGGUGUUGAAUGUAUUUAUA